AUGCGUGCUUUUAUCCUUUUCGCUUUGGCUGCCACCGUAUAUGCUGAUAUAGGUUACAACUACAAUGCUGUAAGUAAAAUUCCUUCUACUGGUGCACUAAACAGUUUGGGAGGACACACAGGAUCUAGCGGUUCGAGUGGACAUGGCGGAUUAAGUAUAGGUUCAGGCUAUUUGGGCGGCCUAGGUAGUUCGGGUCUUGUAGGUCACACCGGUGGACAAAGCAGUCCAGUUUCAAGAGUUCAAUCUACACCAACCACUUAUGAAAAGGAGUUUUACACGUUCAGUGCCCCUGACAACGAGUUCGAUGAUCAGAACGCCGGACAACACAUUUCCAAUGUUAAGAAACAUCUGCGUGUUGUAUUUAUUAAAGCACCGGAAAACAAAGGUUUGGAGAAUGCUGCGCUCCAAUUAGCGAAGGAGGCAGCAGAUGGAAAAACUGCAAUCUAUGUACUUUCCAAACAAGCUGACAUAGGCAAUUUGACCCGACAAGUACAGGAUAUCAACUCCCAAUCUAGCAACAAACCCGAAGUGCACUUUGUCAAAUACCGUACACGUCAGGAUGCCGCCAAUGCUCAGAAGGUUAUUAAGGCACAAUACGACGAAUUGUCUGGCAACUCCAAGGCUCAUGAUGGCGGUGUGGCCCCAGUGCUAAGCUUCGCUUCUCAGGUGCCUACCGCACAAGGACCUGGCCCCAAAGUUCCUUUCAAUGCUUACCUGCCCUCAUCAGUCUUGCGGCUAUUUCGCGCGUAA